UGGAUCAAGGGGAGUCACUCGUCCCAAUUUCUAGAUUCUCCCGACGCGAGUCUCGGUGCAUACCACCAACCUCAACACCCCCACCCACCACACAUAACCAUAAGCAUGCCAGCUUCUACGAAAGACUCGGGAGGCCAGUCACCAGUCGAUACGCCUUCCGUCACAGGCUCCGGUCCGCCCACGCCGUUGCUCGGACGAACCAGUUCGAGGCCGUCGACUCGUCGCUCAACCCCCGUUAGCACCCCCGGCGCUGGGCCCAGCACAACGUCGAGGAUCCUCCUCCACCCACCCGACCCACAUCAUAGAUCAAACGGCGACGCGUUACAAGACAAUGUUGUUCCCCAGCCACCGCACGGAACACCGUCCUACAAGGAGUACGAUGAGAAGGUAAUUCCCCAAGGGGUACUACAUGGAAUGCACGUCCUAGGAGACCUUCCGCCUGCUCAACUCAUCGCAAAGACCAAGGCGGCAUAUCCGUGGGCUCCAGCGAACAAGAACCCGGAGGUUGUAAAGAAGAGAGGCAAAUACAAAACGUCCUCAAAUGGCAAUGGCAAUGGCCUUGGCACAGCCGCUACCACCACCGCAGCACCGAGUCCUGCUGGUCCAAAUUUCACCACACCUACUCCGACUACGUACAAUCCAGCGACUCCGUCUCUAUCAUCCGACAGGGCUUCAGCAAGGGCUUCCGGUUCUCCCACAUCUUCAGUCCAGGCUUUCCCGCAGGCCACGCCUCCGAAGCCCAUAAAUCCAUGGAUUAAUGGCAGUACGCCGAGCUCGAAGACACCUCUAGGCCGUCAGCGUUUGUCCAUGGUCGUUGAGGCUGCCAUACAGAGGUCGAAAAUCACUGGCAGCCCUGAAAUGGGCAUCGCGAUAAGGAAAUUGUAUGACGAAUCGCUCACUGACGACAGUUUGGCCGAGCUCUUGGAUGCGAUUCUGGCACAGACAGCUACAGCACAGCAAUUCUCACAUUUUCAGGCUUACGUCCGAGCAGCACGCGCCGACCCGGGAAAUCAGUCGGAGAAGCCGUUUGUGGCGAUGACUGCUGAGGAUGUGGCUAGAGAAGAGGAAAAGCUCCGUCAAAACGAGAGAGAUCAUGCCAGCAAGGUUGGGGUGAACGGAAAUGGUGUUGUUUCACCUCCUCCGGAGAAGAAGAGAAAGCUAGAGAAUGCAGUUGCGCAGAGCUCCGAGAAGAGCGCGGUAUCGACGUCACAGCCUGUGAUUAAAGCCGACUCGCCGCUCCCCUCAAAUGAGGAGAUGCAGAAAUUGUCGGAUAUUAGGGAUCCGCCCGCGCCACACCUGCCCACUCGGACCCGCGGUAAGAAGAGACCCAGGAGCCCAAGUCCUAGCAGCAAGAAGAGCUCGAAGCAGUCUUCGCCUGUGCUCGCUCCUCCGGCGGUCCAGCUGGCCACAGUUCCUGCGGCCCCAGCUCAUGUGACCCCGGCUCCUCCUCCUCCCCCUCCCACUAAGAAAAAGAACAAAGUGGUGAAGGCCAAGGCUCUGCCAGCCAAGAAAGCAGUGGUGUUGGAAAACACCGUUGUAACUGCGGGGAUUGGUGAGGCCCCUGACCAUCGGAGAGCCCGCCACGGUUCAGAGGAAGUCUCGGAAAACGAGGACGUGUGCGCUGUGUGCAACGGAGCAGGAAACUUCUUGUGUUGCGAGCGUUGUCCGCGCUCUUUCCACUUCACUUGUCUGAAUCCGCCCCUGGAGGACACUCCGGAGGGUGUCUGGUUUUGCAACAAGUGCCAAGCGCAGACCAACCCGCCUCCCAGGGAACCGAAGGGCUUAUUUUCCGAGCUCAUCGACAAUAUCAAUCGGCAGAAUCCAGCCUCGUUCAGGCUGCCUUCGCCGAUUCGCAAUUACUUCACCGGGGUGGAGACCGGCAGUCACGGCGAGUACGUUGAUAACCGUGAUACGAAGACGAUGAAGUUUGGCAAGAAUGGAUUCCCGGAGGAACAUGACACGUACAAGCUGCGGGACAAGAAUGGAGCCCUCCUCGUCUGUCAUGACUGCAACACAACGGCCCUCGGUGGCCGGCAGAUCAUUUCUUGCGACUACUGUCCGCUGAGUUGGCACCUCGACUGUGUCCUGCCGGUGCCGAUGGCAGCUCCGCCUACGGGCAAGAGAAAGUGGAUGUGUCCUGCACACAUCGAUUCUGUUCUCAAGGCGAGGCGCCCCAAGAACGCCAUUGUUGUUGACACGGUCUUGCGCCGUGGCAACAAGAACAAUGGCGUCAUCGAGAUCGACAAUGAGUCGGAUCACGAAGGGGACUUCGAGGAGAUCAUCGCGAACGGGAUCGUUUACCGACUCCCUGAGCGUGGCAUCAAGCUCGAUUUCAUGGCGGCUGUUCACCGCAUGAGAGAGGAGGAGCAGGAGAAGUCUCGGAAGAGAGUCUCGGAAGUCCCCAUCUCGGAAGAGCCACCCAAGAGGGUGCGCCUCUCGGUGGACUCCCUGCUGGGACUGUCAGCAGAGGAGGAGAAUGUCGUUUCGGCCCUUUGGGAGUUGAGGUAUCUUUCGGCGACAGCAGCUCCGGAAGCGGCAGCUCCGGCAACAGUAGCUCCGGCGACAGCAGCUGGCGAGACACCAGCCCAGGUGGCAGCAGCCCCGACUGAUGUCUCUGUGCUCUUGGAGCGCCUGAUUAGUCAGGCUAGCGACCAGGUGAAAUCGGUGCUCUCGACUCCGAGUGCACCGACUUCCCUGGAACAAGAGUUCCAGCAGUUGACGGAGAUGAAGCGUCUGAUCGACGCAAGGCUGCAGAGCAUCGCGCAGCCAGAGGUCAAUGGGGGCCGAAAACUCGUCGAGUUGACCCAGGACCACCAUAUGGACGACCAUGAGUUCAACGAGCUCAUGGACGCCGAUAUGGAUGGUGCCUUUGCGCUCGACGAGGAGGAAACUGCUCGUUCGACGAACUCCGCGCCAGUCGCCCCAAUGGCUCCGAUGAUGGCUGCGCCCGUCCAUGUGGCCCCGGUUGCUCCGAUAGCACCUAUGGCCUUCAUGAAGCCGGGUGGCAACGCCUAGGCUUCAUGAGGCCGGAUGGCCACCUCUGGACGAGGAUACGAAAUGAAGGUACCAGGGGACGGAACAGAUGGUACCAGACGACGAUGAACGCCUUUUUUUUCUUUCUUUUUCUUUUUCCUUUUUUCUUUUUUUACUAGCUGUCGCUAGACUUUUUUAGUUGAAAACCUUUUCCCAAUUAUUUUGAA